CCCCUUCCGCAGCCCCCCAUGCUCUCCCCGCUCCGCUAAUUCUGCGGGGAGGCCGACGCACUGUGCCCAAGUCAGGGGCUGCCAGCGCCCACGGGCUGGUGACGCUUUUUCCCCUGACCCAAGGGGGAUGGAAACAGCUGCUGUUGCAGGGGCACCGGACCUUGCCGAAAAGAAGGAGGAAGCCCCUAUGCUCCAGUGCCUCCUCCUGAGCCUUCCCCUGGCUGCUGCAGUCCUUACUGGCUUCCAAACACGCAGCUGAGGCUCGGGAGCUGCUGGGAGAGGCAGCUGGGGGAGGAGUUGUGGGGGGAGGUGAGACACAAGCGCUUUCCAGUUUGGGUAACCGCUGCUUUCCCCUUCCAGCUGCAGGGCUUCAGCGUCUUGCCCGGCCGCCGGGGCUGGGAGCUGUCUCUGGUGCUCGGAGCUGUGCGUAGAGGGAACCUGCGCCUGCCGCUGUCCCCGGUGCUAGCCCCGCGGGCUGCGGGAGCUGUCCCGGGUGCUGAAAACCGGCCAGGCCCGGGCGGCUCUAAGGCUCCGCCAAGGCCGCCGGGGUCUUGCCUGCUCAGCACUUGGCAGCCCGGGGAGCUGAACCGGACGCUCUCGUCCCGCCCCGCCCAGCCCCGGGGGCGCUCACAGGAGCUGCGUCCGGCUUGCGCCGCGUCCACCCGGGCCAUGCUGCGGGCCGGGUAGAGCCGGGCUCCCUCGGGGAAGCCGCCCGGCUCCGCCUGCUGCGUUGGGGUCAGCCGGGAGCCGCGCUCGGCACCUACGCAGGGAAAUUGCAGGGGAUGGAGCCAGGCGGGGGCUCUCAGAGCGGGGCUGGCAGCUCCCGGGCAGCCUCGGGGAUGGACGCCGAUGGAGCGGGCAGCCCUUACUACGAUGAAGAUCUUCUGCACAAGACCAUCCUGGUCGGAGACAGUGGAGUGGGGAAGACAUCACUGCUGGUUCAGUUUGACCAGGGCAAGUUCAUUCCCGGCUCUUUUUCUGCCACCGUGGGCAUCGGAUUUACGAAUAAAGUCGUGGCAGUGGACGGUGUGAAAGUAAAAUUGCAGAUCUGGGACACAGCGGGGCAGGAGCGAUUUCGUAGCGUGACCCACGCCUACUACAGAGAUGCCCAGGCUUUGCUCCUCUUUUAUGACAUCACCAGCAAAAUGUCCUUUGACAAUAUUCGGGCCUGGCUCACAGAGAUACACGAAUAUGCCCAAAAGGAUGUGGUCAUUAUGUUGUUAGGCAAUAAGGCUGAUGUGAGCAGCGAGAGAGUCAUCAGGAUGGAGGAUGGAGAGUCACUAGCCAGGGAAUACGGAGUGCCUUUCAUGGAGACCAGCGCCAAGACGGGUAUGAAUGUGGAGCUGGCAUUUCGGGCCAUUGCCAAAGAACUCAAGCAGCGAGCUGUGCAGCAGCCGGACGAGCCCAGGUUCCAGAUUCAGGACUACAUAGAGUCACAGAAGAAAAAAAACAGCUGCUGUUCCUUCAUGUGAGAGAGGAGGAUGGCAGGGCAGGAAGGAGGACUUGGGGCACAGGGGCCUGGUAUACUGCAAGAGCAAGGCGGGGCUGGAAAGGAAACUGGUCAGAAGACCUCUAUAAAUAUUUCUGGCCAUAAAUUGCAAAUAGGAAAAAGGCAAACCUACCCUGAGAGGGGGCGGGGUAUGCAUGCGGGUGUGUGUGGAUGUGCAUGAGUGUGGGUGGCUGCGGGGAAGAUACAACAGAAGCUAAAUAAAAGCCAGUUCUGGGUUUCGCCUGACUAGCAAAUCUUACAAUGUGAGAGUCCAACCUUUGGGGAAUCACUCCUGGCAGCACAGCCAAAGCCCGGCCUCUUGGGAAUGGCUUGUGUCAGCUUCACAUGCAUAGCCAGGACUCGGCUGGUUCGGCCUUCAAACAAGCCAGGUUCCAGUUUCUAUCCAGACUGGGCCAAGUCAAUGUUGGCUGCAUAGCCUGUGCCCCAUUUUCAAGACGGGACCAAGUCAUCCUCAGCAGCGUAGCCACGGUCCUGUACCUAUCUGCAUUGGGCCAGGUCAGCACUGCUGCACAGCCGGGGUCCCGCACCUUUCCAGUCCAGAGUCACCACCUUUCUGACCAGUUUCCAUGGGACGUCUCUGCUCUGGAGUCUCACCAGGCUGAGGGGGCCAGGGCAGGAAGAACCGUUUCUCUCCCUCUUGCAUUAGCAGGUGAAGUUUUCCUGCAGCGAAUGAAAUCAGCAGGAGUGUUCGCUAAAGGAAGAGGAAUGGGAGACCUUUUCCCUGUGAUAGCUGGUCCCUCCCCACUCUCCUCACCUCCUCCAGGCCCCUGCAGCUGGGCUGUCCCCUUUGCCCAACCUCUCCUGCUGCUGAGCAUGUCCCAAGCAAAGGACUUGGGGUGCUAAGUGUUAUUACAGUGCCUGCUAUGUUGGAAGAAAGCUGCCGAUCGCAGCGUUAGUGGAGAAAGAGGAGAUCACUAUCUAUUUUUCUGACUCUAAAAAGAAAUGUUUCAAAUCUGCUCUUAUUUAUAUUUAUCUCAGGCUAAAUUGCUAUUUAAUCUUUUACGAGAGGCCAAGUCCAGCAUGCCAUGGACAUGCUCUGGAUCCCACCCCCCUCCUGUUCUAAAGCAUUGGCACCUGCACUGCUAAGGUGGGGGUGAGCAUGGAGCCAGCAUUGGCAGCCUGUGGCCACUUGCUGCAGAAUCCACCCCCUGGCAGCCACCGGGACAGGGGAGAUCUUAUUCUCCCAGCUCAUUCCAUUGCACUCCGCAGGCCGCUCUCCUACAGAUGGAGCUAGAAGCCGCGCCUCUUGCUGUUGAAAUAAAACUGCUGAAAAUUAAGGGCCUGAUCCAAAGCCCACUGAUGCCUUUGACAGUCUCCCUAUUGAUUUCACUGGGCUCUGGAUCAGGCCCUAAUUGCUGAGCGACUGGGUGUUUCAUGCUCUCAAAGGCAACCCCCUGCUGCCUCUCUCCCAGAGUGUUCAAAUACCCUUGAUGCUGUGACACAAAUUGGUCACAGCUGCAGAAGAGGCUUUGACCCUCUCUCCCUAUUGCACCCCCUGUCAGCCUGGCUUUUGCAGCACAUGUGGUGCCUUUGAUUACGCAGCAUUCUGAAGGCCCUGGGGCUCACCAGGGAAACACAGGGCAAAUGAGUGAUAUGGGUCCUGCCUUAGGUUUGGUUUUCUUCAGGAGUGCUCAGGGAAUUGAUAACAGGGCACAGAGCCUUUGACCUCUAGGCCACCAGCUCAGCUACAAUCUGAAUUCUUACUGAAGCCCAGGGAAAGAUUCUCUCUGGCUUGAGAGAGAGUCAGAUGUAGUCCAAAGUCAGCAGCGCUGACAGUUACCACCGUCUGCUGGCUCUGGGAGUGGCCUGUGUGAAAUGAGUCUCUGGCCGGUUCCUAAGAGACGGGUGUGCACAGCACAGAAAUAACCCUUGCAUUUGGCACCGAGUUGUUAGCAGAGCGGCCAAGCUCCAAAUGGGCACGGAGAACAAGCUCCCCGUUUAUACCCAGGCAUAUUGACAGGAGAUAGUGGGAGAAGGCUCAUCACUGCUGCCCAUACAGGAGCAAUUUUGUCAGUAGCUAGAGACCCUCUGUCUGCCAAGCUCUCGAGCCAGCUCUUCAACAGCUAUUCUUUUUUAGAGUUUAGAUUUCCCGACUGUGGCCCAUUUGCGUCACCUUUACCAUGAUUUUACCAUUUGUCUGGUUUCCAUUUUCCUUUCUCUAGUGAAAGUUGCAAACCCCUGGUGACCCCAAACCCCGGGCCCCAUUCAGCAAGGCACUGAAGCACACGCUUUACAUGAGUCCCAUUGACUUUGCUGAAUUGGGACCCUAAGAGUGACGGCAUUACUCUCUCUAGGUAACUGUCUUGUCUGUGUGUGCAGCACCUGUCUCAUGCCUGUUGUAUAUAAGGGCAUGGAAUAAUUACCAAUUAGAGUUACUGGGCUAAUAUUUUUUUUUGUCCGUAUGCUUAAAAAAACCAAAAAGGCCCUGUCCCUCUGGGCACUGGGACUUUUAAGGAAAGUCAAUUUAUUUGACUCCCUGACAGCAAAAGCUAUGUCUACCCUACAGACUUCUGCCAGCAUAGAAAUAUUGGGACGAGAUGUGAUCCCUGACCAGCAUAGCUGUGCUGGCCAAGGUCUAUAGUGUAGAUGCAGUUAUUCCAGCAAAACGGUGCUGUUACCCGUGUAGCUUGUUUCACUUGGGCGGUGUGGUUUCACUAUACUGAUACAAAGCACACCUUUGCUUGUAGAGGUGUGUCCACACUAGGAGCGCUUUGCUGGUAUAGCAUACCAGUAUUCCUACACCGGUCACGCGCUCCCAGUGUAGACAAGGCCUAACUCACACUGAGGCCAACGGGACCCCUGGAGUGACAGAGGCGAGCAGGAAUUGGCUCGAGUUGGUCACAUUGGCUAUUAUGCUCUGUCAGAUGAGAACAGACUUUUGCCGGAAUAAAUAUUUCAGCAGCAUGUAAUUAUUAGUAUCAUCUAGGGCAGUGUCCUGACGAUGCUUAAUAAGCCCAUUGAUGGGAGGAUUGACUUAACACUGAAAUGCUUUAACUAAUAAUUAAAUGCUCCAAAGAGGCAGCACAAACAUCAUUUGUCAAACCAGUGCUGGAGUUAGCCUGUAGAACAGCACGAUAGCGGCCUCAGGGAGAUCUUUCAUGACUGUGUCACUUGCUGAUUUGCCCAUUACUUGCGUGUUGUAUUUUUUAUUCCUGUGGUUGAAUUUGGUCUGUCUUAUGCACAGUUCUCCUCAUCCAGUCAGUCAGAGCUUCACACUAGCUUGAGCAGUUUUCUGGAUACAGGGCCCUGCUAUUUGUUUCCCCUUGACUUGAAAUCUCAGGAAUGUUUUCUUCACAAGGUGCAAGUCCGUUGCCCGUCUCUGGCAAAGCAUAGGGGGAGGUAUUACCAAUUUCACCCUCAGCUCUGCACCUGUGCCCCGCACUCAGCACAAGAAGGAAGACUCGUGGGGUUUUAAACUUGCACCAAGUCCUCAUGUUAGUCUAUGUAACAUGUUGCUGGGCUGUCUGAAGAGGGAGUGCAGUAUCUGGGAGCCUAAUUCCUGGUCCAGAUUAAGGCUUUGAAUCAGAGCAGAGGCGAUAACACAGGAGAUUUAUAAACUCCCACCUAUGAAUUUUGUUUGCAUUUCCUUUUUGUCUAUGUAUAUAAUGCAAAUCUUUCUUCCUGCCAUUGUCUGGAAUCAGAUUAAACCCACUGUGUAAAGAACUGAUGCCUCAGACACCUUGAUCAGCAAACACUUUAUAUCGUGCUUGCCUAUGAAUUUUGUGGACUUGAUCUUGACCCCUCCAAAAUCAAUGUGAGUUUUGCCACUGAGUUUAAAGGGAGCAGGAGCAGGCCCUACGUGUAAGUUUUAAAAUCAACUGCCGAAUUUAUGCUUCAUUUUACCCUUUCUUUAGCCCUGUUUCUACUGGCAUCAAUGUCAAAACUCCCAUUCAGUUUGAUGGGAACAGGAUCAAGUCCUUUGUCAAUAAAAUCAAAGUCACCCUAGCAUCCCAUGUUAUCACAUUAGCCAGAAAGCAAUGGCAGGAAAAAACCCGAAAUACUUUUGUUGACUAUCUUCUUGUUUACAUAGUUCAAGUAUAUCUGCCAAGUCAUGAAUGCUAUGGAAUGACACUGUGCUGAACCAUUCCACAUGGGAAUCUCUGAUGUGGCAGGAUCACACCCAGCAAGUCUAUUUCCUGGCACAUGUUCUUGAGCUUCUCUCUGUUAUCAGGGCGAUGUCUUUGUUGUUCAUGGAUUGUUGAUUGCAAGUUUACAGAAUUAAAGCUCAGUAUUUUGGAGAGUAAA